CUCGCGUCCAUGAUUGUUAAGGGCAGAGUUGUGGGCGACUGAUGGUAAUGGUCUCACUUGGCAAUGAAUUCGUUAUUGAUCACUGAUCCCCAGGAGGGAUGGUGUUUGAGCCCUUUCUGUGUUCCAGUGCAGAGAGCACCAGCACAAGGCUGGGGUACUGGUAGCCUGUAAAAUGUUUCUGUUUUGUUUAUGCUGGGCUGUAGGGUUGAGCUCUCCCCAGGGUAACCUGUACCCAAGUUUAGUUUGUGCAUUCCAAGCCUAGGCUUUGUUAAGGGCUUGCAUUUAAAGGGCCAGUGUCUAACAAUGACUUGUGUUUGAUCAGGAGCUUGUCCGCACAGCAAAAUGAGUCAUUCGUGAUGUCUUGACUUUCUAAAAGAGGUUUUGUUUUUCUAGUACAAUGUCCAGUAAUAUACAGCACUUGUUGCAACGGUACCCUCAGGAUCCCAGCACUGUCAGCUCAUUAUUUGGACACCCAGCCUGUGUGUUGAGGCCAGUGAUAAGAAAGAUUAAAGAAGGGGUUGCUCUUUCUCUGAGCUUUGGCUUUUUACACUGCCCUGCAGGAAAAGAUGACUCUCCCAAGCACUUAGCUCCACCCACUAAUCAAAUGACACUCCGUUAUUAGCUCCUCCCACUAAUCAAAUGACACUCUGUUAGAAGUAAAAUGUAAAGGUCCUGUCAGAUAGCUAACUGAGCUGCCAGAGACAGGCAACAGAUGAGACACAAGCACUGCCUGGAUUACACUUGAGAGAAGCACCGUAAAAGAAUCCAUUUCACCACAGCAACAUCAAAAUACUGACCUGGAAGAUUUCUUUUAUUUCAAACAACAGCAGCAUUUUAUGUCCAGCUAAUGACAGCUCAAAGCACGAUUUUUAAAUGUCAGAAUGAGGUAGAGGGAUUGGUUCUCAUGCUGUAGAAUAUGAUUCGCUGUAAUUGCGUUUGAUUUCCAAAACAAAAACAAAAAAAAAGUGAACAAAAUUUACCAAUGAGGCUUUGUAGGAAAGCCACACAGAAGUGAACACGUUUGCACUGAAGGCAGGAGAAGCAACCUCUUUAUUCAAGUCAUGGCACAUGGAGACGAUGUGGUGUAUAUCGUGAUUGAGGUGGUCAUCGCAUUCGUGUCCUGCCUGGGAAACCUGCUGGUCAUUGGGGCAGUGAGGCUCAACCACUCCCUCAGAGAGCCCACCUUCUUGUUCGUUGUUUCCCUGGCUGUGGCAGACUUAGCCGUUGGAGCUGCUGUUAUUCCUCUAGCCAUCAUCCUGAUCGCUGGACUGGAAACACAUUUCUACGCCUGCCUGUUCCUCUCCUGUGUCAUCCUGAUAUUAACUCAGAGCUCAAUUCUGUCCCUUCUGGCUAUUGCAUUAGACAGGUACCUACGAGUCAAGAUCCCAGUUAGGUACAGGACCGUUGUUACCCAGCGGCGUGCCUGGGGAGUAGUUGCAGCCUGCUGGCUGCUCUCCAUAAUGCUGGGCAUCAUCCCCAUGUUAGGGUGGAAUAACAAAGCAAGCCCUGGGAACGAGACGGUGAGCUCCAGCUGCAUGAACUGCACUUUCCUGUCCGUCAUUAGCAUGCCCUACAUGGUCUACCUGAACUUCUUCGGCUGGGUGUUGGUCCCCCUGCUGCUGAUGAUUUGCUUGUACGUGGAAAUAUUUUACAGGAUCAGAAAACAGCUAAACCAGAACACGGGCAACUCCACAGAGUCCACAAGGUAUUACAGAAAGGAACAGAAAUUGGCGAGGUCCCUUGCUCUGGUCUUGUUCUUGUUUGCUGCGUGCUGGCUUCCUCUGCACAUCAUGAACAGCAUUCAGCUCUUCAGCCCUCAGACCGAAGUCCCUCUGAUCGCCAUCUAUAGUGGCAUUCUCUUGACGCACGGUAACUCUGCAGCUAACCCCAUUGUGUAUGCUUUCAGGAUAAAGAAAUUCAGAGACACGUACGCUCAGCUCUGGAAUAAAUACUUUCGCUGGGAAGAGCCUGGAUUGCCCAGCUCCACCACAGUGGAACGCAACAGUGACGCUCAAGUCGCUGACAGCACGGUGGAGAGGUCCAAGACAAUCUCAGCUGGCAGUGUUUACCAGUGAGAGCUGCUUUACAGUACUUUACAUUUUCUCAGGGUUUUCUUUUUUUUUUUUUGGAGUGGUUCUUGUUGCAGUUUCUCAGGUUGGGUGUUUGCUUGUCAGUUCAGCAGCUGCUCUGCAGUUCUACUUGCCUGACAUAGACAUGUGAAAUGUAGGCUAGCUCAACCAAAGGGUGUGUUUAUUAGCAAGUGUUGGUGCACAGGGCUGUACGAAAGGAAACAGGUUGGUAACUAGCCUGUGUUACACAUGGCAGCUAGAACUGAAGAGCAGCCCCUGAACUCAGGGGAAAGCAUCUUAAACUAGCUGCUUACUUAUACAUGAUCUUCCUUAAUUCUUCCAAAAAUACAUCUAGAAUGUAUUGAUCAGAUGUUAAUUAUACCAAAACAUGUAUCAUAUCAAUUUUUGCAAAACUGAUUUUAAUCUAAACUUAAAUUCAACCUUUUGGAGGUCUGUGGUUGCGGUAUGAGUAAACAAGUUAUUAGAUGCAGUGUGUGUGUGUGUGUGUGUGUGCGUGUGCACGAGUGUGUGCGCGUGCGUGUGUGUGUGUAUAUAUAUAUGUAUAAUAUCAAUAUGCAUGGGUGUGAAAACAUAUUUCCAUGUAAAUUCAUACUGUAAAUAUGUAUGAAUAAUAUAUUUCUGAAUGUGUCAUGAUCUUCUUUAUAUAAAACAGAGCCCAGCAAAUCCAAUCUAAUACUUUUGAGGUAUAUUUCACACGUGUAUAUUUAUAAUUUUUUCACAAUGGUUAUAUCACAGUGGUUGCAAUGACUUCUAUGUUUUGUUGUGAAAGAU